GCACGUGGGCUGCACAUGGCGGCGGGGGGCUGCGGCGUGUGCGGGGCAGGCGCCCCCAAGUACCGUUGCCCGCGCUGCCGGGAGCCCUACUGCUCCGUGCCGUGCUGCAGGCAGCACAAAGGAAACUCGUGGUCUGUAGAGGACAUCCUGACGGACAGUGAUGAGCAGGAUCGAGUUCCACUGCAGAAACUCAAACUUUUAGGAGAAUCAGAAGAAUUGAAAGAUUUACUAAGGAACCCACAUCUCAGGCAAUUGCUCGUAGCUGUAGAUCAAGCAGAAGAGAGGAACUCUGUAAUGAAAAAGUAUAUGCAAGAGCCCUUGUUUGUGGAGUUUGUGGACUGCUGUUUGAGAAUCAUCGAGCCUCCAGAGAAAGAGAACAUACUUCCGGAGUGAGCGCAUCUUCAGGAGUGGACGUACCCACUUGUGAAUGUCUUUCAUGGAAGAGAUGCUGCGCUACCCCAUGCUGUGAUGAAGCAGCCUGGGAAGUCCCUUCUGCAGUGCUGGCCUAUUUAAAUAAGCAGUGUCAAUACUUUUAAUUCUCACUUCUCAUGUUGGACUGUAUGGUAAGAUUUGAGACCUCUAAUUUGAGGGUAGCAAUUGAGAGAGGAACAUGCUUUCUAGAUCCUAAUGGAGCCUUAAUUGUUCUGUGACUCAUUUUCUCUGCCUACGACUUUCUGUUGUCAGUAGUGGUUACAACCAGGACUUGUCAUCUUCAAAAUAAAAGGAAAAGGAUUAGAAUAAAUCUAUUCUCACUUGAUGAACAAAGCAGCAGGUUUUUGUUUAAUUAGAUGCUUGAAGGAUACACACUUGUGGAGAGAGCUCAGAUACACCCGCAAGAGACUUGUUUAUUAAAAUGACAUGUACACAAACCCACAAAACACUUCCCAGACCCGUGUGAAAGAGGAGAGGAAAAACAUUCAGUUUGCUUUGGCAGUCCAAAGGAUCCUGUGGUAAAAGCCAUCUGUGCUACUGACCACAUGGACAAUGUGAAAGAUGUACAUUUUUGCAAAAAAAAAAA